UCCAGCUGUUGUCGUCCGUGAAUAGAGAUGCAGUGCGCACUAGUUAGUGUGAAUGGAGCUCGGGUGGAGCUGGCUGAUGGUCGAGCUCUUAUAUUAGGUCGAGGCCCUGAAUCCAGAAUUACAGACAAGAAGUGCUCGAGGCAUCAGGUCAAACUUGUGGCCAACUAUGCCAAACAGGAAGUUCUGGUUACACAGCUUGGGCCCAACCCAUCUUCCCUGGACGGUCAGUCUUUGGGUCGUGGCGAGUCUGGAUGUCUGACGUCUGGCUGCACACUGUACUUGGUUAAUCAGUCCCACCCGUUCACUGUGGAAUUUGUUGGAAAUUCAAAUGGAAAGUCUUCCUCUCCUCAGAAGAAUAGAAAUGCAGCAGAUGAAAGCAGAGACAGACAGAAAAUCUCAAAUGAUCCCAAAAGGAGCAUCCAGGAUUACUUUUCUAAAUCUUCAAAAAAGGCAACAAAACGACCUCACAGCCCAAAACAGGACGUUCCUCGCACGAAACGAGGGCGUGACGAUGAGGAGGAUGAAGAUGAACAGGCCUCAGCUGAGAAAAAGCUUAAGCAGUUACAAGCAUUUGCUCAGAGAGAGAGUGAUGACAACCUGAAAUCACCAACAGUCAAACCCAGUGCUCCAUCUUCCACUUGCUCUCAGAGUCACUGGCAACAAAUCGGCAGCCUUAUGCUGUUCACCGCGGCAGGGGUUCCAGAAAGCUCCAAAGUUGCAGGUUUUGACAUUGAUGGCUGCAUUAUCACUACAAAGUCUGGGAAAGUGUUUCCCACAAGUCCGGAUGACUGGAGGAUUCUCUUCCCAGAGAUUCAGCCCAGACUGGCCAGUCUGUUGAAGAAAGGAUACAAGGUGGUAUUUUUCACCAAUCAGAUGGGUAUAUCUCGAGGAAAACUUAGACCGGAGGUGUUCAAGUCAAAAGCAGAGGAUGUUCUACAGACACUUCAGUUGCCCAUCCAGGUGUUUGUUUCCACAGCCCCUGGUAUUUACAGAAAGCCUGUUAUUGGAAUGUGGGAACAUCUGUGUGAGAAGGCAAAUGGUGGAGUGGCUAUAGACGUGUCACAGAGCUUCUAUGUAGGAGAUGCAGCAGGACGUCCUGCUAACUGGGCCCCGGGGAAAAAGAAGAAAGACUUCUCCUGCAGUGACAGACUGUUUGCCCUCAACAUUGGUCUUCAGUUUUACACCCCAGAGGAAUACUUCUUGGGCUGGAAACCUGCUCAGUUCAGCUUGCCAGAGUUUGACCCUAGGAAAUUAGACUCUAAAAUGCGUCUUUAUGAUCCUCCUGACACCUCCCUCACAUCCACCAAACAGGAAGUCAUUGUAGCAGUGGGAUUCCCUGGAUCGGGCAAAUCCACGUUUUUCCAGACACACAUCAUUCCAAAGGGCUAUGCAUAUGUGAACAGGGACAUGCUUGGCUCCUGGCAGCAUUGUGUGUCAGCCUGUGAACGCGCUCUGAAGGAAGGCCAGAGCGUAGCGGUGGACAACACUAACCCUGACCCCGAGUCUAGAAAAAGAUAUGUAGAUGUCAGUCAAAACGCUGGAGUCCCCUGCAGGUGUUUCAACUUUACUGCGAGUCUGGAACAAGCAAAGCAUAACAACAGGUUUCGUGAGAUGGUUCCUUCUGCCACCAAGCAUGCUCCUGUCAAUGACAUGGUGUUUCACAGCUACAAGAAAAAAUUUGUGGUACCCAGUUUGUCUGAGGGCUUCUCUGAAAUCCUGCAGAUUCAUUUUGUGCCUAGUUUCAGUGACAAAAGAUCAGAGUUCCUCUUCAGGCAGUUCUCUGAGGGCUGAGUCUGAGGGAAAAAAAAGAAAGAGAAAAAAAAAGGCUGAACGACUCAACUCGGCAGAAGAAUUCUGGAACCUCAUAGAAAAACAAGAAAAUGAUUGACAAUGCAACACUAAAUGUCUUCUCCAUUUAAUUUUACACUUGUCUUUCACUGUCUUUAAUUUGUUACUUUAUAAACAUGUUGUUUGGUAAAUUGAUUCAUAGCUGUUAAAAUAAACCUGCUGUUAUAAAGACAAUACAAAUAAAAAAAGUUUUAGAAAUUGAGAAAACAAUUACUUGUUUCAGUUUGAUUAAAUACAUUUAAUGUGCUUCAAUAUUUUCCAUCGUUUGAGUGUGAAAUGUUUUUCAGGUUUUUCUUGUCUGUAAAACAAGACUAUUAGGGCUGGGUAAACAAUAUCGAUUUCUCGAUUUUAAUCGAUUCUCAUUUUUACGAUUCUUAAAUCUUAAGAAUUGAUUAGUCUAGUCUGUUUUCAGUUGAUGAAUGAACAGAACAUGUAGCGCGCCUCCCAUCCAAUAAGUCGCAAUAAUCUUUGUGCUUUAUUACUUUUGAUAUGAAGCAAAGUCUCAGAUUUCAAAUGACGUCCAUUUUGUUAUGAGAUUCAAAAAAUAAAUACCGUUUUGGCGCUGUUUAAUGUGGCGUGACAGAUCGCAUUAGCGCCUCAGUUAAAGAAAAGCGGCAGCACGGAGCGCAUGUGAACAUCCUCUGCUCCGCUUUAAUACCAGUUACAGCGCGAAAUAAACAUGAAUAAACAUCUGAAGGUAUGUUAAAAUAUACAGUACAACUUACCGAAAUCCAUAUCAUGUCUCGUGUAAUAGCUCAAUCAGUGUUUCAACCGCGGAAAGACGUCAAUAAAAACAAUGUCACGUAACGUCACAUUUACCUCAGAAAAACAUAUUCAGUGACCAUAAACUCAUUAGUCAGCUGAAAAAAUUACUAAAGAGAGCAGCAUUCUGAUAAAUAUAGCUAUGCACCGUUACAUAUUCAUUAUAACGUUCUUCAAUAUUUAAUGCAUGUUUGAAAAAAUCAGCCACGAUUUAAAAAAAAAAGAAAAGAAUUGGAGUAGAAAUAUUAUGUAAUUCUAAACUUUUAUUAUUUAAAAAAAAAACAUAAUUGAGUGUAAUUUAAGUGUUUGUAUAUAAAUAAGUUAAUUUCAACCUUCAUUAUUAUAGUAAAGUAGUUCCAACUGACUCCCAUAUGUACAGCAUUAAUUGAGAGAUGGGGGUGGGGGUGUCCAGCUGGCCUCUGUUUGUUGGCCAGCUGUGCUUAGCAGGACACCCAGCACCCCCGUUACACGUUUUUGGAGCUUCAUUCACAAUUCGAUAUGAUGUAUAUAUGAAAAUUUCUGAAGUCCUUGGUUUCACCGUUUUAUUAACCCUAUAUUGCAACACUGUGCAGUAUAGGGUUAAUAAAAUACCAAAAGUCGCGACUCUUGUGGGACUCCCCACAACCUUUGAAUGGCCUCAGUUUGCAAUCUAGAAGUCCAAUACGCUAUCCGUUGCGCCACAGAGCCUGUCUGGUCAGACCGUCUUAUGGUUUUUCUUUUGGGCAUUUGCACAUCCACCACUGUGAGGUUGCACACUCUGCAGGCAGGAAAGUCAGGUUCUUCUUUUCUUUGCUAAAUAUCCAUGAGAUUCAGUGACGGCUGGUUAGGACUCUGUGUUACACUCCCAAGUUCUUUGUUGUGAGUGUGAUAGACUGCAAAAAGAGAAUACUGUUCUGAUUAGCACUGUUUUGUAAUUGUCACAUCACAUUGAGAUACUUUAGAAUACCGAAAUGAAUUGCAAUUUUUUUAUAACAAUUUUUUAAGGUCAGCAAUUACAAGAGUCUCACAUUAAUAAUUAUAAUAAUAACUUAGAGAGUUUCAGAAAGGCAUGUACCUCAGUAGCAUAGUGGGAACAAUCCUCUGGAUAAAAUGUGCUUCUAAUCGAGUAACUCUUACAUUAAUCCAGCAGCAGAGGACAGCAGUGGUCUGUAUUACACUUAAUGAUUGUAAAUUUUGGACUUGGCUUUGAAGAAAGUUUUUAAAAGAAAGGGAGUGCUUCAAUAUUAUCAUAAAUGCUGUCAGGAAUCUGGAGAUUUUUUUUUUUUUUUUUUUUUUAGGAAUCUGGAGAU